ACCUACAGCUUUUCAGAAUGGCGGCGUCCAUAGAAGGGCUGCUGUCAGAGAUUUCUGGUUUGGAAGAGCCCGUUGAAGAAUUACGAAGUUUACAAACUGCCGUGUUAGCGAUCCCUUUAAACACACUGAGGGAGACUGUUUCGGGGCUGCCGCUACAAGCCUUGUUUUCGCUUUUAAAUACCGAUGACAGGGAACAGAUUGAACUUUGUGUGGUCAUUCUUGGCCGAAUUCUGCAGGUCCUUGAACCUGUUCACUUGGUCCAAAAUUUUAGAGAAGAGCUUCAAAGAGGUCUGAACCACCCUAGUGAUUCAGUCAAAACACUUGCAUUGGAUCAGAUCGGAAGGAUGGUUGAACAUUCAGAAGCUGUAACAGAAAUUGCUAAUAGCCGUGAGGUGCUGAAGCAAGUCCUUCAGUGUAUUGGAGGGGAGAAAGUAUCUGUUGCUAAUGAGGCUAUAAAAGCACUUUCAAAAUUGGCUCAGACAAAAGCAGGUUUGGAUGCUUUAUUCAUGAGUGACUUGGUGCAAGACUUGAAAGAUGCGAUGACCAGGAGUGAUGUCAUAAGAUAUAGGGUGUAUGAGCUUAUUGUGGGGAUAUCAUCUGUUUCUCCUGUCUCUUUGGGGUACUGUGCAAACAGCAGUUUUCUAUCCCAGCUGAUAGGAGAAUUAACAGGAGAUGACAUUCUGGUUAGAGCCACCUCUAUUGAGAUGGUAACGACACUGGCUCACAGUCAACAUGGACGGCAGUACCUUGCUCAGCAAGGCAUCAUUGAUAAAAUCUCAAACAUGAUCAUUGGUGCUGAAUCAGAUCCCCUUUCUGGCCUCUACCUACCAGGGCUCGUGAAGUUCUUUGGAAACCUGGCUGUAGUGGACAGUCCACAGCAGAUCUGUGAAUGCUACCCUGCAUUUAUUAAAAAGGUCUUUGAAAUGGCUGAAGGGCAGGAUCCGAUAAUGACAGGAGUGGCUUUGGAUACUGUAGGAAUUCUGGGAUCAAACGUUGAAGGAAAGCAAGUUCUGCAGAAAACGGGUGAAAAAUUUCGGAAUCUUUUGAAGAGGAUGAGUCAACUGGCAAGAAAUGCAACAACAGAGCUGAGAGUGCGGUGUUUGGAGGCAAUUGCUUUACUGCUUACUCUGCCAGUAGAGCAGCAGACGGAGGACCUGCUUGCAAUGACAGAGUCCUGGUUCAGUUCAUUCUCCAACCAGCCCUUGGAGUUAUUUAAGAACAUCAGUUGCCAGCCUUUCCCAGAACUCCACUGCAGUGCACUGAAGGUGUUCUCGGCAAUUGCUAGCCAGGCAUGGGGACAGAAAAUGAUGAUCGAUACUCCUGGGUUUGUGGAGUAUAUUCUAGACAGAUCAGCUCAGCCUGACAAGGAAUCAAAGGAUGCUAAAUAUGAAAUUGUAAACACGCUUGUAAAUUCCAAAUCGACAGCCGGAAUUUUUGGGAACCAGCAAUACCUUCGUCUCAGGACAUAUCUACGCGAAGGACCAUAUUAUGUGAAAGCAGUUUCGUCUGUGGCAGUUGAAGAAGCAGAAUAAACAGAUCACUGCUGGAAACUGUCCAGAAAAGCCAGGGUUUUUUUCUCCUUUUCUCUGAUAAUUGCAAUAUGAAUAUGAAAGCUUUCUCAGAAACAAAACAUGGUUAAAUCUGGUGAUCUCUGUAAUGUAAAAGCUGCACUUUUCUUUAAACCAUGUACUACAGUUUUUUUUCUAUUUUUAAAUUUUUUUCAAACAUUAUUAUUAUUAUUGCUUUGGAACAUUUGCGACAUGACUUGCUUCCUCAGUUUAAUUCGUUAAACAGGAUCAGAAAAUGAUAAAAUACACUUUGCAUUGGAUCUUUUUAGGUUUGUAAACUACAGCCUUAUAUGAGUUGUGUAGUUAUUGAAGUUGAAUUGACACCUUUGAAACAAUUUUGUUUUCUGAUUUAAGUUGCUGUACUUGUGCUGUUGAUGGAUAAACAAAAUAGAUUUGUGUUUCUAUUUCUAUAUUUUCAUGAAGAAGUGUAUACCUCAAUAAAGAAUUGUGUAGACACAGGUAUAUAGAUAUUGGUGUGAUUUAGAGUGAGUGUUGAUUUUUACUAAUAUUAAUCAAUCUAAACUAGAUAAUGAACCUUUUAAUUAACUUUGAGUAUGUUUCUAUUUUAAAGCACAUAUUGGGAAACACUGUAAAUACACUACACAAAUGGCAAAGCGGUGGUACAUAUUAUAGACUUCUCACACUUGGGAACACCUGGGUGUGUGUUACUAGUAUGGAUAUUUUAAACAACAUAUAUGAAGUCAUCUUUUCCGUUUGCCACUGGAAUAUAGCCCGGUAGUUUAGUUUGCUGUGUUCAAUGUUCAGGGUAACACAUAGCAUUUAUAAUGAAGUAUUUUGGUGUGGGUGCAUCAUAAGUUGGGGGGUGUACACAUAAUGUUACUGUGCUGAAGAAUAAACAGUCAUUGUGCAUACAUAAAAACAGUAACUGCUCAUUAAAUAAAUGCACAAACUAUUUUAAGCUUAGUUUCUCAAAGCAUUUUAAAAUAAAAGUAUUUCCUGAAACCAUGAUUAGGUAGUCCUUGGUUUUAGUUGUUGACUGAUUUUCUUUAACAAUUCUUCGCUAAUCAUAUUCCCUUCCAAGCUUAAGUGUUCCAAGGAACACCCAAUCUGAGACUGCAAAGAUUCCAGAAUGGCAUUGCCACCUUCUUGUCCAAUACCAUUCCAGUCCAGAUCUACCUUGCGAAGACUCCGAUUAGCUUUUAACAUAUCGGCAAACAGAAUUGCUCCCUCAUCUCCCAGUUGAUUUUCAUCUAGAAUUAUAUGACUGAUUCUAGAAUUUAUCUUUAAACUAUCAAAUAAAACUUUCCAUCCUGCAGUAUCUACUGCAUUACUUUGGGCUAUGCCCAAAUACUGGAGUGGGGGUUGUUGUCUUAGAAAAGAUGCCACACACUCUAUUCCUUUACAAGUAAUCUGAUUGCCCCC